AUGGAGUCCCAGAACGUGCAUGACAAUGGCGGCGUCGACAUUGAGAAGAAGGGAUCCUUCGAUGUCACGCAGGCUCCGGGCACUCCUUCAGAAGAGGAGGGCGUACAGACGGGCUGGUGGAAACAAGUCACCUCGUUCGGUGUUGAACUUCGAGGGAUAGAGCCGGUGCCCGUCGAGCAACGUACCGACACGAGGGCGGUCAAUAUCUUUUCGUUGUGGUGGACUCUCAGCCUCAGUUUGUUACCCAUCACCACCGGCCUCGUCGGCACCCUCUUCAUGGGCCUGAGCCUCAAAGCGGCGUGCCUGGUUAUCCUCUUCUUCAACCUCCUGGGCGGCAUCCCCCCUGCGGCGUUCGGCAUCCUGGGCCCCAAGACCGGCAUGAGACAGCUCGUCCAGGCCAGGUACAGCUUCGGUCUCUACUUUGUGGCCGUCGCCUCCGUCAUGAGCAUGGCCACCGCGACCGGUUGGGCCAUCGUCUCCACCAUCGUCGCGGGACAGACCUUGUCGGCCGUGAGUGGAGGUUCGUUGAGCUGGAACGUCGGCAUCGUCAUCAUCUCCGUCGUUUCCCUGGCCAUCGCCUUCAUGGGGUACAAGGUCGUGCACACGUACGAGCGGUGGGCCUGGAUCCCUUCGUUGGUGGCCAUCUUAUUCGCCACGGGUUGUGGCGGCCGAUUGUUGUCGAACCAGGCCCCUACGGCGCCGGCGACGGCACAGGGCGUCUUGUCCUUUGCGUGCACCGUCACCGCCUACACCAUGACCUGGGCCACCAUGGCGUCGGAUUUCAGUGUCUACAUCACACCAGACACGUCAAAGAUCCGUCUGUUCACCUACACCUACUGCGGUAUCCUCAUCCCCACGAUCCCGUUGAUGUGCCUGGGUGCGGCCAUCGGCGGUGCCGUACCGAGUUACGACUCGUGGCUUGAGGCGUUUGACGCCGGCUCCACGGGCGGCGUCAUGCUGGAGAUGAUGAACUCGACGGGAGGUUUCGGCAAGUUCGUCGCCGUCGUCCUGGCGUUUUCCCUGAUGGGGAACAUCUCGGGGACGCUGUACGCCAUCACGGUGCAGUUUCAGAUCCUGUUGCCCCUCUUCGCCCGCGUCCCCCGCUACGUCUUCGCGGUGGUCGUGACGGGCGUCAUCAUCGGCACCGCCAUCCCCGUCAGCCACACGCUCAUCGAGUCGCUGGAGAACUUCCUCGGGGUGAUCGCCUACUGGGCCGCCGUGUUCAUCGGCGUGGUGGGCACCGAGUUUCUGUACUUCCGCGGGGGCGAUUUCCGGUCCUACGACCACUCGACCUGGAACGUCGGUGGCAAACUACCUCCCGGGUUCGCCGCCGUGGGGGCCGUCACGAUCCCCUUUGGUUUGAUCGUGCCCUGUAUGGCCCAGGCGUGGUACACGGGUCCCGUGGGGGAAAAGACGGGCGACAUCGGGUACGAGGUCGGCAUGGUGUUGAGUAUUCUGACGUACCUCGUUUUGAGGACACUCGAGAAACGAUGGUUUGGGAGGUAG